GCUUGUACCUCCAUCUGCAAGCUCCGUCUCCUCACCAGUGAUUGGGCACCAGAACUCAGGAAAGGCACACAGGCGGCCAAUCACCUGCGAGGAGGCGGAGCUUGGAGAGGAGGAGCCGAGCGGCAGCGCGAAGAUCGAGUGAGGGAGCGACCGGAGCAAGUGAAGAAGACAGCUGACUGGUAAGUAUGCUGGCUGUGGAUGGGAGAGGGAAGGAGCCUAGACUAGAGCAGGGGUCAGCAAGGUAAGUGUCAUUGGUGUCAGUGGGAGGAAUAGUGCCCCAUCAUUGGUGUCAGUGGGAGGAAUAGUGUCCCAUCAUUGGUGUCAGUGGGAGGAAUAGUGCCCCAUCAUU